UUCAAACAGUCCUUCACAUCCUCAUACUCACACACAAGGAACAUCAGAAAUAAAACGGACAAGAAAUAGGAGGAAAUAAUUAUUGCCAGGUUCACCCAAGGAAGAGAAGAUGAUGUUCAGACCCUCUCUUUUCCAUCUGCUCUUCUACUGUGCAACCCAGACACUAGGUGUCAAGAUCCAGUCUGAACCAGAGGUCAGCGGUGAGGGUGUCAUACAGACAGAGCUGCAGAGGACAGUGACUCUGCUCUGCCUGCCUGACGGCGGCUCUGAGACUCAGGCUGACGAAGAGCUGGUGUGGCUGAGGAAUGGCGCUGUGGUCAGUCUGAGGGAAGAAAAUAAGAAGGGUCGCAGCAGCGUGUGUGUUACACCCGUCAUCCAUGAAGAUAACGGUGCCACUUUCACCUGCCACCUGAGCAGAAAUGCCACAAUUAGGGCCUCAGUCACCCUGAAUGUCACAUAUCACCCACAGCUCUCUGGGUCAGAGGAGGUUGCAGUAGAAGAUGAGUCAGCGCUAGUCCUGCGGUGUGAUAUCUGGGCCAAUCCACCGGUCUCAUCUGUGUCGUGGACACUAAAUGGAAGCGCAGUGGAUCUAUUUGCAGGUGGUUUCACAGUGACCAAUGACGGCUUUACAAGCCAGCUGACUGCCAGCAAUGUGGAGAAAAGCGUGCAUGAAGGCACGUAUCAGUGCACAGCUAACUCUCCCGUCUAUGGAGAACACAGCAAGCGCUUUCAAGUCACACUAACAGAAAAGACCAUGAAGUUCCCACUGAUGCCCAUGAUAGCGGGGCUGGUGGUGGUGAUCUUUACUGUACUUCUUGCUGUGGUUUCACGGUGGAGCAAAAUCACAAAGUGCUGCAAGUAAGUUGUGUCAGUUGGUCUCUGCUUCACCAAAUGAGGCCAUGAAGACAUCACCUCUCUCGACUGAGUGCAAGAGACUGUGAUCGCCCAUUUAUGUAGCCCCGUUUUUAAUUUUAUAUGAUAUUUAAAAAGAAAGGUUCAACAUUUUGGGAAAUGCAUCUCUUUACUUUAUUGCUGAGAUUUUGAAGACAAAUCCCACAUCUGUCUGUGAAACGUGAAGCUACAGCACAGCGGCUGGUUAGCUUGGCUUAGCAUAAAGACUGGAAUCAAAGGGAAACAGCUAGCCUCGCUCUGGUCAGAGGUAACCCCUUAUAAAACUAGAGUGUGUGGUUUUUAAACAAAAGUUAAUGUGUUAAUUAAUGAGCUUUAUAAGUGCUGGAAAGUGAAUUUUGUUAACUCUUGAAUCAGAAUAGCUAGACCUAUUUCUCAUGUUUCCAGUGUUUGUGCUAUGCUAAGAGCUGCAGGGAGUAGCUUCGUGUUUACCAUACAGUCGUAGGAGUGUUAGUAAUAUAACUCUUGACAAUAAAGCAAAUAAGCAUUUUUCCUAACAUGUCUUUUAAAAUCUACUGUCUACUGUACUAGCUGUUGCUCAUUUAUUUGACCAUUGAUUAUGGCAGCAGGAGCUGUGACGUUUGCUACAAGACCUUAAGAUGAUCCUUAAAUCUGUUAUUUAAUCGUGUGAUGCGCUCUGACCCUGUGAUGCAAAAGUGGGUUUUAAGUUUCCAUCACCUCUUUUCUUGUUGAUAUCUUUGGAAUAAAAG